AUGUCGACCUCAGACUCCCCCAGCGUCAUCUCAAUCGAGUACCGCGGCCGCGUCGCCGUCAUCACCAUUGCAAACGAGAAGAAGCUCAAUGCGCUCAACCAGGCGCAGUACUAUGAGCUCUCGCAGGCGAUGAGGGAGGUGGCCAAGCACGAUGAGGUCUAUGUCACUGUGUUGCUCGGCAAGGGACGCUUCUUUUCUGCCGGCGCAGACGUCUCCAUCGGCAGACCAAAUCCCACCGACCCCAGCGAAGCCCGCAAGCAGCUCCUCCAGACCUUUGUCGCCUUCAAUCUCAACAUCACAGAAGCAUUUGCCGCACAUCCCAAGAUCCUCGUCGUCGGGCUCAACGGCCCCGUCGUGGGCCUCACCGCCGCCAUCAUCGCCCACGCCGACUUCAUCUACUGCGCGCCGCACACGUUCCUCCUCACGCCCUUUUCGUCGAUAGGCCUCGUCGCAGAGGGAGGCUCUUCGCGCGCGCUCGUCACGAGACUGGGCCCUGCGAGGGCGAACGAGGCGCUGAUUAUGAGCAAGCGGAUCAUGAGCGCGGAGCUGGAACGGUGUGGGUUUGUGAACAAGGUGUUUGAGGAGGUGAAGCAGGGCGAGGACGACAAGUUUAGGGAGCUGGUGCUGAAGGAGGUGGACGAGAGGCUGGGGGAUCAUCUCGUGGGGGAUAGUUUGCUGGGGAUUAAGAAGUUGAUUAGGGGGCCGGAGCAGAAUGUUGUGAAUUUGAAUAAUUUCAACGAGGUGUUUGCUGGGCUGGAGAGAUUCAUGACGGGCGUUCCGCAGGAGGAGUUUCGGAAGCUUGGGAGCGGCGAGAAGAGGCACAAGCUGUGA